AUGGCCGGUAUGCGCGCGGAUGCGAGCCAGUUCUUCACAUUUUUCGCCAUCCAGCUUCUGCUGCACAUGAUUGCCGUCAAUCUGGCAACCGUAUGUGUUGCCAUUAGCCGUCAAUUUAUGCUCGCGUCUCUGGCCGCCAAUUUAACAUUCACCCUCCAGUCGAUGGCAUGCGGGUUCUUCAUCAACACCCGCACGAUUGCAAUAUGGCUGCGAUGGAUCAAAUGGACUGCAUAUGUGUUCUAUGCCUUCGGGGCUCUAUGUACCAACGAGUUCGGAGGCCACUUCUAUGAUUGCCCAAGUCCUGGGGGCCCUUCAAACCCAGCUUGUAGGGAGUAUACUGGCGACUAUAUCUUGGCCUCGCUGAAUCUACCACCGAACUGGCUCUGGAGACCUAUUGUGGUUCUUGUCGGCUUCAUUCUAUUCUUUUUCAUCCUUUCAGGGGUGAUUCUGCAGAUACUCACCACCGAGGUUGAGGUCGCCAAGACACAUGAAAGCGAAGCGGCCUCUGCCGCUGAUACUCACGAAGCAAACACAAGACUGGAUGCUCAGAGCAGAGCUGUGACGAUCACCCUUGAGAAUUUUGCACUAGCGGUCGACCGCAAGAGAGUGUUCAAGCCAAAAGUGACCAAGCAGAUCUUCCUACCAAUCAACACAACAUUUAAGCCUGGUGUGCUGAAUGUGAUCAUGGGCCCUUCCGGGUCAGGAAAGUCGUCAUGUUUAAACGCCAUGGCACGGCGGCUUUAUGGGUCUCCUCUGGUCAAGUACCAUUGUACGGGCAAAAUGCUUCUCAACGGGUCAACUGCAACAGACGAUGUCAUAACCUCCAUCUGCUCAUAUGUCCCGCAAGACGAUUCUGCAUUGUUGCCAUGCCUAACUGUGCGGGAGACACUGCACUUCGCCGCACGACUUCGACUCCCAGCGUUUCUAAACCAUGAGCAGAAAAUCCAGCGUGCCGAAUCGGUGUUGAUGCAACUCGGUCUAAAAGACUGUGCGGAUACACUGAUUGGCAGCGAUAUGGUCAAAGGAAUCAGCGGUGGCGAGAAACGCCGUGUAUCGAUUGGGAUCCAGAUCCUUACUGAUCCCCAGGUUCUGCUGCUUGAUGAGCCCACAUCCGGGCUGGAUGCGUUCACUGCAUUCUCCAUCAUCGAAGUGCUCCAAGGCCUGGCGGACGAAGGUAGAACCAUCAUCUUUUCCAUCCACCAGCCGCGAUCUGACAUGUUCAAACAAUUUGGUGGAGUGUUGCUCCUUGCCAAAGGCGGCGAAGUCAUCUAUACGGGCCCCGUGUCAGAGAUGCUCCCCUACUUCGAGAAAAUGGGCUUCAAGUGUUCGAGCUCGGCCAACCCAGCCGACUUUGCGCUGGAUCUUGUUUCUGUUGAAACGCCCAAGUCAUUACAAGGGCUCCAUGCCGACAAAGAUCUCGCAAAUACGGCAACAACAGUGACGGCAACACCCGACGCACCAGAGGGAGACCAACAUACCCACACUGCUCUAGGAGCAGCCCCAGCCGCAGACCAACCUGUGCAUGAGUUUAGUCCUCCCGCCAUGCCAUCUGUAGAGCAGGAGCAGACGCAGCACCGGAGCCUCAAUCAAGAUCAGGAGGACCAACCGCAAACCGAAACAGAGAAGCAGAAGCAACUCACCCUCCCAGCCUCACUGGGAACCUAUAGGCGCCAACGGCUCCCAUUCCGCCACGCAUUCCCGAUCCUCCUACAACGUGGGCUCCUCAACCUGCGGCGGCAACCGAACCUCCUGACAGGGCGAAUCACACAACUCGUCGGACUAGGGAUCGUGCUGACGGCCUUCUGCGCGCCCCUCGGACACAACUACUACUCGGUACAGACGCGGGUCGGCUACAUCCAAGCCAUGUCGAGCAUGUUUUUCGUGGGGAUGCUCAGCUCGAUCGCCCUGUACCCCGGCGAGCGGGACCUGUACAACCACGAAUCGCGGCGCGACGGGACAUAUGGACUCGAAUCGUUUUUCUGCUACUACCUCGCGCUCGAGGUUCCCGCGGAGAUUGUGGCGUCGAUGCUUUUCUCGCUGCUGACCGUGUUCGCCGUCGGGCUCCCGCGCACCGCGGGGCAGUAUUUCCUCAUGGCGUACGCGACCUUCUGCGUCGUCGAAUGUGGCGAGAGUUUCGGGAUCUUGUUCCUGACCAUGUUCACGCACACGGGCCUAGCGGUGUCUGUCAUGUCCGUCGUGCUUUCGAUAUCUAUCCAUCUAGGUGGCGUCCUGAGUAUCGGCAUCGACCACUUCCUCAGCGCUGUCAACCACAUCUCCCCUGUCAAAUGGCAGGUCGGCGCCCUGCUGAGCUACAGUCUGCGCGGCGUCCAGUUUACCUGCAGUCCCGAGCAGAGGGUUCCGCCUGUCACUGGCCCUUGUCCCGUCCAGACUGGGGUUCAGGUUCUGGAUCUGUAUCAGUUGAAUGUCGACACCGUCGCGUAUGCCUUGGCUUUGGGCGGCGUCACUAUCGGGUACCGACUGCUGGCAUAUGUGGGUUUGAAGAUCCAGGCCUCGGGUUGGCAAGCUUUGAGGACGAUGAUGCGUGGGUCCAGGCAUAAGUAA